AUGCGUUGCUCACGACUUCUGGCGCUGGCGCUGGCGGGCAUCGUCGAUGUCUGCCAGAGCAAGACAAUCCUUGACAAAAAGAGUCAUGUCCGCGCCCUCACGGCAGAGUGGGUAGAGAACAUGUCGCACAUACUCCCCAUGGACCUCACACCCCGGGACAAUCAUACUCCCUUUUAUUCGGAGUUGCAGUUCCCUCAUCAUCACACGGCGAUCGUCACUUUUGCAGGCAAGAAUAACACGGAGUACAUCGAUGGCGCGGUGAUGUUGGGAAUGUCCGCCCAGAAGUACCUGCCAGACUACGUCAGGGUGGCCAUGAUCAUCAAAGGCAUGAACCAGAAGAACCGGAUUCUUUUGAGAAAGGCUGGUUGGAAGUUGAUCACUGUGCCAGACUGGGAGAGCGAGUAUUGCGGAGAAGGCUGUGACGAGGAGUUCUUCGGGCGGUGGCAUGAUAGUUUCGAGAAAAUCAAUGCUUUCCGCCUGCCCUUCAAGCGGGUACUUUUCAUGGACUCGGACACAUACAUUUUCAAGGAUCGCGUCAGGUGGUUGGUAGAAAAAAUCCAGCUGCCCUCUGUUGACCACAUCGCAAUGGCGAAGGACGGCGGCAAAGACGAGUACAACAGCGGGGUGAUGUUCUUCAAGCCAGACCUCGAGGUGUUCCGGUCGAUGCUCUUAAUGGUCACGCAGCGCCGCCGGGAGCAGAUUCUCGACCAGACCCUGAUCAACGACUACUAUCGCAGCAAGAUCGUCCCGAUCGACCGGAAGUUCAACUGCAUGGAAACAGUGGGCGUACAUCCAGGCAUGACGAAGCCAGGCGAGCCAUGUGCCGAUGUCGUGGUCGCCCACUUCACAGGCCAUCCGAAGCCCACCUCCCCCGAGAGGCUUGAGCUCGUGCGGCGCCCCGGCGCCCCGGACCAGGUCUGCAAGAACACGGAUUUGGGAGCUUGCCGGAAGUGGUCCGAGUACUACUGCGACAUCCGUACGCACUCCCAGAGGCUGUCGCCAGAGCUCCGGAAUGAGCUCUGGAGCUCGGGCCCUUGCUGCCACGCGGGCAUGAUGACGAGAAAGGACAAGCGAAUGACUGCCGAAAAAUUUGGAGUGAGAAUGUCCGACGAAAAUUUCAGUGAGCAGUUGAACGAGACAUGCCAGGAGCCAAGGCACGAAUGGAUUGAGAACGUUUCGUACAUACUCCCCAUGGACUUCACCCCUUUGGACAAUCGCACGUCCUUCUACCGAGAGUUGCAACAACCUCAUCAUCACACGGCGAUCGUCACAUUUGCAGGCAAGAAUAAUCCAGAGUACAUCGAUGGGGCGGUGAUGCUGGGCAUAUCUGCACAGAAGUACCUGCCAGAAUACGUCAGGGUGGCCAUGAUCAUCGAGGGCAUGCCAUGGAAAAUGCAGAUUCUCUUGAAAAGGGCGGGGUGGAAGUUGAUAACUGUGCCGAACUGGGAGGGCGACUACUGCGGAGAAGCCUGUGACCUGGAGUUCCUGGGGCGGUGGCAUGAUAGUUUCGAGAAAAUCAAUGCUUUCCGCCUGCCCUUCAAGCGGGUACUUUUCAUGGACUCGGACACAUACAUUUUCAAGGAUCGCGUCAGGUGGCUGGUGGAGGAGAUGGAGCUUCCUUCGCUUGAGCACAUCGCAAUGGCGAAGGACGGCUGCAAGGAUGAGUACAACAGCGGGGUGAUGUUCUUCAAGCCAAACCUAGAGGUGUUCCGGUCGAUGCUCUUGAUGGUCACGCAGCGCCGCCGGGAGCAGAUUCUCGACCAGAAUCUGAUCAACGACUAUUAUCGUGGCAAGAUUUUUCCGAUCGACCGGAAGUUCAAUUGCGUGGACACAGUGGGCAUCCAGCCAGGUCAGACGAAGCCCUGCGACCAGCACUGCACCAAGGGCGCCGUGAUCGCCCACUUCACUGGCCAUCCGAAGCCCACCUCCCCCAAGAGGCGGCUGCUUGAGCUCGUGCGGCGCCCUGGCGCACCCGCCCUGGCGUGCAUGAACACGAACUUCGGGUCCUGCGGGAAGUGGUCCGAAUACUACUGUGACAUCCGCGCGCACUCCGCAAGGCUCUCGCCAGAUCUCCAGAGUCAGCUGAAGAACACCGGGACCUGCUGCCACCCGCACAUGAUGACGAAGCGGGACAAGAAAAAGAUGGCCACCAGGAAUGUGGGCUUCGAGACCUGCCAUGAGUGCCCGUCAACAUUGAGGCUCUCGGCUCCCAACCCCAGUCUCACCGCGCUCGGGGGCCCUUACGUCAAGACCACUCUCAAGGCCACGAAGUUCAACGGCUACAGGCCCAUCUACCUCAACCUGGACAGCGAUAUCAGGACCCAACCAGUAUACCUGUACUUCAUGCAGGAGAGUCUGGCCUGGUCAAUUGGGACUGACUACCGCACUAAUUUUGUCAUGGGGUUUGCCGCCAUGGAAGCUCAAUGCCCUAGGGAUGCAAAAUUCUGGGCCUUUCACAACGGCACAGCGUUUGUGAGGAAGCACUUCGACAUCAGGGGCGAAGCGAAUGGGCACAACCCCCCGAAAGACACUGAGCACAUUGCUUGGAACAUGGAGACCUUCGCAUGGGAACGCGAGAAGCUCGUAUGGUCAAAUAGCCGGUUAGAGAACGCGAAGUUGGCCGACGAUGAUUUUGCGGAUGACGUGAACGGUACGGGUGCGACUGGCGAGAAUGCCACCACGAACGAGCAGGCUGAAGUCGAGAACGCCACGGCCGACAGCAGGGAGGAGGCUGACAGGGACGCCGCAGUGAGCGAAGACAGUGGCGCGGCCGAGAAUGAGACGUCCAAGAUCAGUGAGAAGGAUGAGUAG